GGAAGUGUAACGGUUGACGGUUGGUGUCCGCGUUGACGCUGCGUGCGGGCUGUUCGCUUCGCAUUCCAAUGUGCGCGAGAUGUAACCGCUGUGCGGACUGUGUGUUUCCAAACCGUCUUCAGCCGCAAUUUGAAGGAAUAAAAUGUCCAACUUGAAGGAGUCAAACACUUGUCCUGACGGCUACAGGGCUUUAAGCACAAGUGAGCUGAGGGAGCUUUUACAAAACGACGACAAAAUGGACCAAAUCCUUCGACUCAAUGAGAAGUUUCAGGAUCUUCAAGUGGACAGGGAGAUGCUGCUGACCACCAAUCGGAGCUUGGCUGAGGAGAGCCUCGCCCGAAGACCCCGCCUUUGUAACGGCAAACUCCAACUGGCGGAGAAGUACCGGGAACUGUCCAACCUUGCAACCACAUGCUGGGAAAAACAGAGUCAGCUUGAGGCUCAUGUCCAGAAGCACAGCCUGCAGACGACGCAGAACCUCCUGCAGGAAGAGGUGGCACGUGCUGAGGAGCAUUCAGAGGAGCUGCUGGAGAAGUUCAUGGAGAGGAACGUAAGCCUGGAUGAGUUCCUGGACUCCUUCCAAAGCUCCAGGAAGACGUACCAUAUCCGCCGAGCUCAAGCGGAGAAGAUGCAGGAGAUCGCUCAGGCCAAGCGGCAGCCGGGCAAAACCAAGAGAGCGGAGGAGAGCAAAGUCCCAGAGGUGAAGAAGGACUCGGAGCAGCCUCAGAGGCCCAACGGCUUCGUAGCGCAGGGACCUCUUAGAGUGUUCCAGGUACGCUACGGCCUCACGCCAGCCAUCCUCCUCCCUCAUUACCCCGUUUCUCCCCCUGCCUCAGCUCCAUGCUAUCAAAGUAGUACCCCACCACCCGAACCCCAGCCGGGACAGACCCACAUCCUCAGCCCCAGCAACCCACUUCCGGGACACGGCCAGCCGGUCGGCCUCAGGGUCAUCGGACAGUUACCGGGUGGCUGGCCGGCUAACGGGCGGCCGGUGAGAGUGCAGCAGCUUUACAGGCCGAACCCUCAACAGCCUGAACCGCCGUACCGAUAAGCUCGAGGAGGAGGGAGCGGAUGAAAAGCCGGUUUGAGAGGUCUUCCAAGACAUGGAACCAAACAGUGGCUGUCACAAUCAUGUAAGCAAAGACUGAUCCAGAGACAGGCAGCACUGCAGACGUCCGUUUCUGUUCUCCAUCCAUGACACACAAAUGUAACCAGAGCAGAGAUAGUGAGGCGGCAGAGGACAGAGUCAGGGAGGACCAGGGAUGGGCUCCGAUAGUCGGAUUUGUUAGCUCAGACGCUAACAAACCUCUUAUCAAACCUUUUAUCUCUCUUUAUGCUUUUUUAUUAGUAACGACCAAAACAUAUAGACGAAUCCGGCGACUGAUUUAUGUGUUGGGCUCUUAAGCCGCCGUUACUGCGGUGGCAGAGUGGAACUGAACACAUUUACACUGUGAGUGGAAGCAGAGAUGUUCGUGUUUAUCACAGUCUGCGGUCGGCCCCUCUAACAGAUGAAGGUAGUCUGUGUGAAGUUAUUCAGUCAGAAAUUGGUUAUGACACAGAUUUGGGGAAACAAUAACAUCUUCUGUCUGACUUCCACAGUCUGGAUGUGAAAGUGCUGCGUGGAGUAGCUAACUAAACGCAGCAUGGAUUACUAAACUUAUGAUUUAAAUCAUCAAACUCGUGACAAAAACAUUUCAGCCAGGAUUCGUAGUACCGAGCUAGCAAGAGACAUGCAGGGUGGUUAGCAGCUCACCACCGGCCCCGUGUAGCCAGAGUGCUCGUUUCUUUAGCGGCUCAUGGUCGGCCCUUUAUUGACAUGCCACUAAGACUGUGAUCGAAACAUGAAGAUUUAAUAAUAAUGAAUAAUAAUGGAGAUUUAGGAAAGUAAAACUAAUUUCAUGGAGUUAGAGGAUUGUUGCUUUUACUUAAAUUUUUUUGUUUUUCCAAAGUCUCAGUUUGUUGUUGGAGGAUAACAGAAAAGACAACAAUAUAAAGAUGAUCAUAUUCUCAUUUUAUUUUAUAUUCACAUUUCUUGGCAAAGGUGCUUAAAAAAUUAAAUCCUUUACAAGUGAGGUGCCACCGCAGUAACGGCGGCUCGUCUACUUCUGCCUACAACUCGAAUUCGUCUACAGGUUUCAGCUUCUUAUUGUUAGCCGACGUCAGCAGCUGCAGAUUAAAUCAGCCGUAGCUAAUACACAUGCAGUCUGUAACGGCUAAAAUUAAAAGUUUUAUACAUUUCAUAUAUAAUGCUGCUCAAAUUAGACUGCCAUUAAAAACUGUAGUGUUUCUGCCUUCUCAGCCAACAAAAGGUGAUCUUUGAGUUAUUUUAGCCUUUAAUUACUUGCAAAUAUUAAUAAGAUUCGAUGAGGGAUUCAGAUUCUAUAAGUGGAUUCAAUACUGCAUUUGAAUUCGAUAAAAUGCUAUCGAACCCCAUCCCUAGGGAGGACAUGAAAGUUUUUAUUGUUAUUUUUAAUUUAAUUUUUUAUUUUUAUACUUUACACGGAGGGAUGUGAAGCACAGGGUUGUGAAGCACACAUCUUCAACGCCGAUUUAAAAAAACAAAGGAUCUCAUUGUUCAUUCAUACAACUUAGGACAGAGAGGCGGUGUGAGAUGCCAAGAGUCAUCAAAGUGAAUGAUGGCAUCAAUAAAGUGGUGUUUAAUAUAAACUCUCAUUGUUUUUCAUCAAAUAAGACAUUCAUACUUGGAAACAUUCCCAAGAUCAUGAAUGCUGAUAUUAGAUCACUGCAGAGCAAAGUUUAAAACAAAAACUGUAGAGCAGAGCAGGUGGUAUUUAUUAAUAAUUCCCAGACAAUAACCUGUCCAUAUCAUGUGUGUUGGCAUCACAGAUGAUUCCCCAACGCCGUCUGCCUUCUUGUGCAAUUUCAUGAACAGUGUUUGAGCUCACCAGAUUUAUUUAUUCAUGUAAAUCCUAUUUUAAAUGGCUGACUUCAAAGCUUCUUGUUUACUGUGCUAAAUGAAGAGCUGCUUCUCCUUUCAAGCCACUGUUUUUAUUUCUCCCCCCCCCCCUCCCCGACUGAGAUGCAGAGUGAGGGGAAUUUAAUCUCUAUGAGAAUGCCAGCGCUCUGCAAGCCCACAGUCGAAUAUAAGGAGGUUUAGGAGGUUUCUUCCCAUUUCGCUCUCCUUUUUCUCCUUAUCCAUCCUUCAGCAUUUAAAUGGAAAAGCUUUGGAUUGUAGUUUUUGAUGGUUCUGCUCUUGAACAAACAUUGUGCUCAUUAAUAACUCAUAUAAGUGCAUGCUUACUACAGCUUGACAAAGUACAUGAAAAUGCCUUUUGCAGGCCAGUGCCCAGUUGCAUAAAACAUCUUAAGAAAAUAUUCUGACAUCCUUACAUUGUAAAGAAAGAGUUGUUCUAAUUUAAAAUGCGUCAAUUCCUUAAUAAGUAUCCUUAAAAAAGUAAGAUUUGUAAAUGCAUUUCAAGGCUCUGAGGAUUUAUUUAAAGGGUCUUUCUGAUUCUGAUUCCUGUUUUUCUUACAAUUUGGGCCACUUUUAUGGAGUUUUGGCCAUAAUUUCUAUCUAAUAACACUCAACUGCUGAGAUCUGUGAAUGCAGCUACAUCGCUAAAAAGAAGUUGAAGUGUCAACAGAUGCAUGUCCUGUGUAAAAUGAAUACAGAUCUUAUUCUAUAUUGUUUCUUUAGCUCUACCUCUCCACCCACGUCGUUGGAAGGUCUCUUGUCUGAUGAUCUGAAAUAGGUAAAAUUGUUUAGCCUUUCAUCCCUACAAGCAACAUAUUGUAUUUUUAACUGAAGUACCAACUUUCUACAUAAAUAAAGUUCAUUAUAACUGCCAAUCAAAGGCUGAAGAGCCUCUCAAGUCGCCCGGUCGUGAAAACAGCUGAUGUUUGCUACAAAGGGACACCUACAGAUAUUCCAAAAAAUAUGGAGAUGCUUCACACAUUACCUGGAAAUUAAGUUACCCAACAAAUCCUGUACUGUCCGAUACAGAAAUACAGCUUUUAUAUGAAAGAAUGAUGAAUUAAUGGGUUGUUUUUUUUCAAUUCUUGUGUUUUUUCUGUUUGUUUUUGUAUCUAUGUAUCUGUUUUGCUUUGCUUUUUGUGUUUUUAUUUAUUGUGGAGAAAAACUGAAAACCAAUAAAUAUAUUCCACAACAAAAAAGAAGUCACGCAGGGCAAGAAACGGGAGCAGUCAGACGAUCAGGCAAGUUGUAAACAAACCUCCAGAUUAGUCAAACUUAUUUGGAAGAGAAAAUGAAGGCGAAUGGUAAAAUUAUUCCCCUUACUGCCCCUUUACUUGUUUCUGAUCAUUUGACUGCUUGUGUUUCUUGCCAUGUUGAACUUUUUUUUUUUAGCGAUGUUGCCACAUUCACAGAUCUUACUUUGGAAUGUAGUGUUGUUAUAAUCUUUAAAUUAACAAUGGCUAAAAGACCUAAUAGAUUGGUUAAGGUCUGUUUUCUGGUACACAAAAUCCUAAAUUGAUAUGUGCCAUUUAACUUCAUGCCUUUGACCACAGGGAUUUGCUUACAGUCUCUUACUAAAUAAAGGAAGGACACCUCGCCUUUUUAAUAUG